AUCGGAGUAUAAACACCAGGUGGUGUCCCGUAAUCCCGUUUCCCCCUCCCCCCCCGCCCCCGAGAAGGACGAAUAGAUCUCGUCGGGCCGAAGGUGCAGAGAGGAGAAAAGGGAAGGAGGCGAAGGAAGGGGAGGGCUGUGAACGUGGACGACGUCAAAGGGGGUCGUUUCCGCGUUGCCACCACCGUGAUUGCUCAGGGCACGCGUUCGCGGUGUUCGCAUAUGCCAGUUCGCAGCAGCAGCAGCAGCAGCAGCAGCUUCGGCGGCCGGCAGCGUGAGCAGCGGAUCUGUGCGCGCAAGCGUGACACGGGAUUUACAGCAUGGCGGAGCGCAGGAAAAACAGGAAGCGCAAAGACGAAGUAGGCUGCUUGGAUCCUAAGGUCGCCCAGGACAAACCGUCCAAGGAGGAAUACGCGGUGGCCAAGUGGAUCCGCAGUAAUGUACCGUCGAAGAAGACCAAGUUCGAUAGGACUCACAAUGUCGAGUAUUUCACUGGGUCGCGCGCGAUCGAUGCCCUGCUGGAAAAUUCACCCUGGAGCACGGUGUUCGAGAGCCGCGAGCAGGUCUCCCAAUUCUUGGACCUGAUGCUAAGGCACAAGUUCUUUCACAGAGCCAAGAAGGUGGUGAUCUCGGAGGAGGAGCUCAACAAAAUGCGGGGGAUUAAGAAGAAGACUAAGGAUACGAAGGAGGAGAAGAAAGCCACGGACAAGGAGGACUCCAAGGAGAGCAAAGAAACGGCUGUGGUGAAGGAGAAGGAAGAGAAGGGCGAGGAGAAAAUCGACGAACGGAAGGAGCAUAAGAAGAAGCCAAAAGUAAGACUAGAAAUGCACAUGGAACAGUACUUUGUGGAUUGUAAUGACGCGUAUGUGUGGAUAUACGAGCCGAUUCCUGUGUAUUAUUGGUUCUUCGGUACGCUUGUAGUCUUAGGUGCAAUAGGAGUCUGUCUCUUCCCGCUGUGGCCCCUGACCAUUCGUCAUGGAGUUUACUAUCUAAGUGUCGCCGCUGCGGGAUUUCUCGUAUUUAUAUUAGCCCUGGCUAUCAUUAGAAUGAUCGUAUUCUGUCUUCUGUGGGUACCCACGCUGGGUAGAUGUCACCUGUGGCUGCUACCUAACCUGACAGCCGACGUUGGCUUCUUCGCGUCCUUCUGGCCAUUGUAUCAGUACGAAUAUUACGGCCCCACGUCGGACGGCGAUAAGAAGAGCAACAAAAAGAAACGAAGGAAAGAGAAGGAUUCCGACUCCGAGGACGCGCCAUUAGUUCAAGAAGAGAAAGAACCUGUAACGACGGAAGCGUCUAACGAGGAGUUAUCCUUGCCCAGCGAAGAGAGGAAAACGUCGUCGGAUUCGGCCGAGGGGGAGGACGGCAGCGAGGAAGGUUCGGAGAGCGAAAAAUCUAACACGAGUCGAGAGUUCGUUAUGGUUUAAAACGUGAGAGCAGUAGAUAGCUUCAUGUUUGUUGGGACAAACAGCUGUAUUAAUUGUCGCAUUAAUCAUCACCGAAACCGAUAUAUGCUUGCGGUGAGUUAAUCCGAAGUGUCGAAUUCGACGCACGAAUAUCUAAGGAACCGACCGUAGCAGAUUCUCCACAUUUCUUGCAUUUAAGAGGUACGAUCAUGAACGAGUGGGGGGGAAAAAAAAAAUCGCUUGUGACUUUUUUUGCAUGGAGAGAAUUUCCCGUUUAAACUGGCGUGAAUGUAAUAAAGUACUGUCUCUGAAAAGCAUAAGCGUGAUAUAAGGCACAUAUUUUAUUCUAUAUAUACAUAUAGAUAUAUAAAACAUAUGUGUGUAAAAUGAAGAAAUCGUAUUAGGCGUAAUUUCGUUAUCAGUUUCCGUUGAAUAAAUUGUGGGUAACAGUUCAAAGUCUUCAAUCUCUCUCAAUGCGAUCAAUGUCUACCGACAAUGUAGUUAAUUAAUUACGCACCGAGAGUUCUCUCCGCGUUAGAUGUAAAUCUUCGAGAAAUCUAAGGAGAACUAAUUUAGCUGGAAGAGAAGGAAUCUUUACGGGUAACAGAACUUGACGUUUUCUUCGUUGUUCGGCGAUUUAGCGCGAGUUCCUUUUUUAGCAGAGAAAUUAGGCCCGAUUUUACAGACGAAUAUAUAUUCCGGGUUUAAUACAGAUAAUUUAUAUUUUUAUGCGAAAUUUCCAAUAAUAAUUAUUGUUAUUAUUACUAUUAUUAUUAUAUUAUUACUUUUACGAUUAUCAUUAUAUCAGGAUCUGAUCUCGAGUCAGGUCUUGUUGGAAUCCCGCUCGUGGAUUUAUCUAUAUGGAAAUAAAAAUAAAAUAAAGCGUUAUAUAUCUA